AUGAGUUCGGACAACCCAUUAUCGGAGCCAGCAUCCACACCGCUGCAUUCUCCGAAAAGACCAGUUAUGGUAUCGUUAAACUCGUCAAUUGUGUCAUCGUCCGCUAUGAGAAAGAAACGAGAUAGUACCGACAGCACAGCUUCAUCGUUUAGUAAUGGGAGUGGAUCUACUGUUGCACACGGCGGUGGUGGAUGUGCCAGUAGCGUGGGCGCAAGCGAACCUCAAUUACGACCAUUAAGAUUAACCCUGCAGCGAACUAACUCUAGUUCAGGCAGUUCUUCCCAUACAUUAUCACCUCCAAGUUCCAAAUUAAAGAAACCCAGCUUGACCCAGGAUGAUUUCCAGUGUCGUCCUAUACGUAAACGAAAAUCAAUCCAGAUCAAGAAUCUUCCCAUCGAAUCAUCGACGUCAAUUCAUCAGUUCACUCCACAUAAUGACAAGUCCAAGUUUGACGAUAUGAUAUUUGCCGUGUGCUUAGUAGAUUUCCACCAUCAACGAGGUCCCGAAGUGCAAUGGUGGAAAUCAAACUACCACCCAGAUUACAAGCCAGAUUUGUUCAAGAAUAUACCGUUCCAGGCGCUCCCCGACGGAUCUCACUUGUUUGAAGAGACGUUUUCAAAUUUCAAUCUCUGCUAUGAUUUCAAACAGGGGAGAUCGGUGGAUGACUUCCAAGAUUUGAACAGCUUUAAAGGCGAUCCAAGAUACAUCAAGACUUUGUUUGGGUGUUCAUGCGUAAGGCAAGUCAAGACUAGCGAUUUGAAACAAGAGGAGCGAGAAAGAAAUAAAGAUAUAACCCGAUCUAUUGUUCAAAAGGCAAUUGUGAUUAUCGUCCGGAAACAACCGAUAUUCACCAAGAUCAAAGAGAAGUUGUCGAUUAUUACCAAGACCUAUUUCCAACAGGAUACGUUUGACAAUUUCGAAUUGUUGGAGAACUUGUUUGAGAAUUUGAAUAAUCAGUUUAAACUUCUUGAUAAUGAGUUACACGAGGUUGAUACUAUUGAACACGAAGAGGAAAACUUUGUGAAUUUAAAUUUGAAAUCGUCGAUCUUAAAUUUAAGGUCAAAUUUCAUGGUUAUUUUCAAGGCUCUUUUGCUUGAAAAGAAAAUCGUUAUUUAUUCCAAUAACAACCUUCAAAAGUUGACUCAGUUUCAAAACAAUUUAAUUUCAUUAAUCCCUAAUUUAAUCAAUAAUUUAGAUGAUUCAGGAUGUCCCUUGACCGAUUACACAGAAACCAAUGGGCCCUUGACAAAACCACAAUCUUUAGUCACAACCAAUAGAUUAUCAAUGUUGCGAUUCUUUGGAUUGCCAUUACAAAUAUUCAAUACGAAAAACUCAUUCUGGAAUCCUUACCUUCCAUUACAACAGUUGAAUGAGUUAGCCAUAGAUAGUUUUAUGAUCGGUUGUUCUAACUUAUUGUUUGUUAACCAAGCUGCCCAAUUCAAUGUCGAUAUUGUUGUUAACCUCGAUACUAACGAAGUAACAUACCCCAGGGCCACUUAUGCCCCUGACGAGUUCCAUUUGAGUUCGUUGGAUAAACGAUUUAUCCAUCAUUUGAUAACUAAAGUGAAGAGCGAUCAAGGCGGAGUGUUUGAAGGCAAUGACGAUUAUAUCCGAUACCAAUUUGAAGAUUACAUAAACUCGUUGAUUUCCACCAUGAGAUACGCUCAGUACGCCGACAGGUUUGGCCAACCACCACCAGGGUUCGGGCAGGAGAGUAAUAAACAUAUAGGUAACUUAUCCGACUUCAACAAAAAGUUUAUCCAAUGCUGGAAGGAAUCGUCCAAUUUCAAAAUAUGGCAUGCUAUGGCCGACGAAUUCAUUUUCAAUUUUGUGGACCCGAAACAUAUGGCGACGGAAUUGGUGGAGGAGCCUGUAUCUUUAAACAAAAAUAUUUCCAAUUUCUUCAAUAGUUUUAAGUUUAGGGCUAGUGCCAGCAGCUCUCCUGUGAAUGAUGGCGUCAAGGCGCAAAAGAAUGACGAGAAUGCCGAGGAAAACGAUGAUACUAUUGGCGAAAUUGCCGAGGGAUUUGAGAAUGUCGAAGUUAAAGACCAAGUUCCUGAAGAACCAAAGAGUUCGAAGUCAUACUGGGGGUGGGGUCAAAAGUAGAUGUCUAAAUAGCUAUGAUUUGACCGUGUAUAGUUACAAAUCCAUGUAUAGUAUAAUAUAAUAUUUACCCAGUAU